AUGCAGCGUUUUUUCCUUCCUCGGUGUGUUGUUUUUAUCCUCUUCGCGAUCCUACACAUAGCCAGCGGCUGCAUCGAGCUUUUGAACGGUUGGGACCCGGUGCCGGUCGCCGUGCGGGCCCGACGAGCCGACGUGGUGUUGUCGGGAACCGUCGUGCGAACGUCCGACGACCCGCCACGACGACGACCCGGUCUGACCUACUCGGCCCAGCUUCGCGUCCGCUCGGUGCUGAAGGGAAAAGAUCGUCUGCAGGAAAUUCCCGCCAUUUCCGACGAACCGAAGGUGUAUAACGUGUCGAACUUCGGCCGCAGAGCGGAGUGCUACUCAGAAGUAGUGCAGGGAGACUCCUACAUCUUCUUCCUGGGGAUUUUCCGCGAGGGAGAACUGGCGGCGAGAUACGACGACAUCUUCGGGGCCACCGCAGACCCCACCCGGGGAAACGAAGAAGAGAUCCUCCUUGCUUUAGGUGUAAAAGAUCUUUUACGUUUCGUCGAUGCUUCAAACGUGCCGCCCAGCAAAGAGCGACCUUUGGCCUUCCUCUUCCACCACAUCCGGGAACUUCCCUUCCCAACCGCCAUCUUGUUUCCCAAAGCCUUCCCGUCAGACUUUGCGGUCAUCGCUACCGCGAAACCUCGCGAGGGUUCCCGAGGUUUCCUGACCACAGUGGCCAGUUCUUCGGGCGAAACUCAAAUAGCAAUAGAAGUAGGGAACAUGCCAACUUUUCGGUACGCCGAAUUGGGCGGCGAACCAACUUCGAGGUCACCCCGCUUUUCUGUCGACCUUGCCGAUGGCAAGUGGCACCAGUUCUCCUUCCGGGUUCAAGGGUCGGAGGUCACGUUCUACAUGGACUGCAGGAUCGAAAUGACGGCGGUAAUACAGAGGUCAAAAACUCCACAUAUCGACAAUACCGGGAUUCUUACUAUUGGACCAAAUUUCCAGGGGGAACUUGAACAGCUGGUGUUCUCUGACGACCCUAACGACGCAGCUCUGCAGUGUCAGAAUGGCGCCAAGCCGAGUGAAGAAGACACGAAAUGUCUUGAAGAAGUCACCACUUUUGCCAACGACAUCCAGCCUCUGAUGCCCGAGAGUGAAGCUAACCCGCGAUUCGCCACCAGCGCGAUUCCUGACGUCACCAGCAGGAAAAUGGCGUCAGAAAUCCAGAAGCCUGUCGGGUCCUGUGCGAGGGCGUGUAAGAACGGAGGUCUGUGUACGUCAGAAAACACCUGCCGCUGUCCGGACGGAUACACAGGACAGGCGUGUGAACAAGCCCUGUGCCGGCUGCCCUGUGAGAACGGCGGAACCUGCACGGCGCCAGACAGGUGUGUCUGUACCCGGGGGUACGUCGGACCGCGAUGCCGGAAAGAUAUCACCAAACAACACAAGAGAAACGGUAACCAAGCAGUUGUUUUCAACAGUCGCCUUUGCUUCAGAAAGAGAAAAUCUCCUGCUUGUCUUAAAAGUCUUUGCGGGGUCAAAGGUUGUCAGAAUGGCGGGAAAUGCAGCACAUCCGGGAAAUGCUUGUGUCGAAACGGUUUCCAUGGCAGCCAUUGUCAACACAGACGAUGUAAAACGUACCAGCGUUCCUCGGAGCCAUACAGAAGAGGCUACAAGAAGAAGUUCACAGCCGUCGCUAAAGUAAAGUGCGGCCCGUUCGGCCUGGGCACCUGCGUUAAAGAAAGAUCCUACUACAAGAUGAUCUACAAAACAUUUUACAGAACUGUAUACGCGUGCGGUUUCUAAAAAACCAUGGACAAUUUUUCUAGUGCAAUAUCAAGUCUCUAUAUUGUCUGUGGCAGAGAUAAAAUGACGUCAGCUGCCAUGGCAAUGAACUAUGACCUGUGGCGGGCAUGGUGCUUGGAUCUGUGAAAAGCGC